GUAACCAUCCAUUUGAGAAUGAUACAGAAGAAUCGUGAGUCAAUGUCCCAGCCCAACAGGGCAACACCGACAGCAUAACUCAUUGUAGCUCUCUCUCUUGAAUGGCGCCAGGCGCCCUACCUACUCUACAGCCUAACACUACAACUACAGUAUGAAAGCAACCAGACAACUUGACUACCAGCGAGUGAUGAUGUCAACACCAAUGCCGACCUCCCUCCUCCACCAGUCCAAAGUGCUCAGGAGAUUGGAGAAGUUCCCAGGUGGAGCGGUGCUUGAUGGAGUUCUGGAAAGCAUUGUCAAUGUCGACCUGACCAACGUGAGGUUCGAUAUGGUCCAAACGAAAUUAGGGCAAUUGUUCGGUGGACUCGCGGACACGUGGCGGCGGCUUAAUGGAUUAAAACCUGCAUCUUCGAAUGCAGAUGUGCUGGGCGCAAGUCUGCCGCGUCCUGAUCGAAUGUGGACUUCGAUUGAGGAGAAAAAGCUGGCUCUCAUCCUUGAGGUGGAGGCGCUGGAGAAGCGUUUGCGGGAUGCAAGCCGGGCGAGAGAAGCUUCAUUGCGGAGGAAGAAUGCACUUGAGCGCACACGCCUUGCAAAUGAAAUCAGGGUCCUGGACGAUGAGGUAGAUGAGCUGCGCAAGAAACUUGCUGUUAGGACACUGCAGCUGGAGAUGGAGUUGAUUUAUGCGUGUUUGGAAGACGAGGCUGUGCAGAUCUCUGAUGACGCGAAGACUGACGAGGAGGAGAGCCUGCUGAUUGCGGAGUUUGGGAUGCUGGAUGCAGAUUUGGCAAAGCUGCGGGUAUCUGUUGAUAGAAAUGAAGCGAUUCUGAUCGACGAUGAUGAGUUAGCUCAACUUGCUAUAGACAUUCCCGAUUUUAAGAACAGGUUAGGCAUUCAGCAGCAGGCCGUUAUUCCAGUCGGGCAGAGAGCACAAAUGGCGAUGCAGGAGGGGACGAUGAAGCUCAAGGAGGGGAUUAGCUUUUACUGGAGGGGCUUACGGUUGCUUGCAGGGGAUCUUGUCUAUGCUGGGAGAGUAUUUGUUGCUGCCGUUGGAGGGACUACCUUGAAGCCUAGAGAGGUCAUAACACUGCGCCGCACAGCCAGGGAUAUUCUCACACUUAUUCCAUUCACGAUCAUUCUCAUCGCCCCACUCUCGCCUAUCGGGCACGUACUUGUCUUCUCUUUCCUACAACGAUACUUUCCGGGUUUUUUCCCGUCAUCUUUUACAAAUAAGCGACAAGAUGUGAUGCAGAGGUAUGAGGCGCUUCGGGAACAGAUAGCCCUGGCGGCUACGGAGAGCGAGCGCGACAAGGCGAAAGAAAUGGCCGAGAUGGCGGCUAUGGAAGCAUUCGAAGCAUCCGAAGAGGAUGAGGAGUUGCAAAAAAAAGGCGCAAAGGGUGGCGUGGACGUUGAUCGCAAGGCCGCAAGGGCUGAGCUGAUCCGAGCAAGAAGGGGCCGUGGACGGUUACUGUUAUUGCCAGAGAGGCUUCCAGGCCUCUCUAAAGGAUCAGGGGUCGCCGCGCAAUCCCCGCCGAAUUCUAGGGGGUUCGGUGAGAGAAAGGAAGCAGCAGUGGGAAGUCAAGAAGGGUUGUAAUUUUUUCUCAAGUUUGUAAUAUUCUUUACGACAAUUCAGGGCCUGGUGAGAAUUUAAGAAAUGGAUAUUGGCUAAGCACUAGCACAUACCCUACGUAGUAUUUCUUGCUAGUUUGGGAAUUUUGAUUUUUGUUUUCCCUUUCCCUUUAGCAUAGAUCAAAGUUCCGAACUAUUUCGUUUUGAACUGUUGUUGCCAAGAUAUACCUCAUCACGCUCUUCUUUCUUUUUUUUUUACGCUUCAUUUUCUUCUUGGAGCAAAGCAAGGGAAAUAAGUGACCAGUCGUUUUUCUGUCAAGUGUAAGAAGCAGGAGAUGUACAAUCUACUGCGGUCUGUCAGUGUUCGUACAGUAUUUUUUUUUGUUUUGAAACAGAUCCUGAUUUUUCCUGGUGAUAGGUAAUUUUUCAGGGAGCUGUCUGAAGAAUCUGCUGGUGGUUCAUCCAGCUGCCAUCGCCCUCUGAGUGAGUGCUGGCUAGCUGCAUGCUGCUUCUUACAUGGAUUGGCUGCUUGAUGAUCCUGCACCCUGCAUGUACAUUGUUUACGCCUGCAGCCCCAGUUGGCCAUUCCUUUAUGCCUGUUUAUCUC